AUGAAGAAGGAACACAGAACGACACCGCCUGCCGACCACGCACCUUCUUAUCUCAAGACCUCGCCGCAUUCCUGCGAUGAAACGGCUCAAAAAGCCCUAGAGGAGCUAGGUCGAGAAAAGCCCGCGCAUGAGGCAGAGGAAGAGAAAGGAUCCCAAGGCGGAGGCAAGACGUGCGGCAAGGACGGUGUCGCCGGGUCCACUAUCAGGCGAAGAUCUGCGAGGAGGAAUACCAUCACGGCUGAGCAGCUACGAGAACGAUACCGAGAUCCCGAGAACCAUUCGUUCCCUGCAUACGGGAAUCCAAAGGACGGAGUUCCCAUUUCAGACCCAAUGAGUGCGAAGAGCAACAGAUUGAAGGGGCUCUUGAGUGGUUCUUUUGCCCCUAAGAAAACCUUCGACCCGGGAACUGGGGGUCAGAACAAGAGGCCAAGCUACUCUACGACGACAAACAACGAACCCCCUAGGUCUGCGAAGCGCCAGAAGACGAAAGAUGAAGCCUCAUCCGCUGCCGCGUACACAAGCUCAACGUUCGCUCCUCCUCCUUCUCCAUCGCCAGCCCGGUCGAUCAGGUCCUCAUCGGCUGUAGAUUUGACGAAACCUGACGUCGACGCCGCUAGCAACCGCUCGACUCAGCAGCCAGUUUUCCAGGUUGAAGAAUACCGCAAUGUACAGAGGAACAACAGCGUUCCAAGGAAAAACACCCGGACACGCAAAAGGUCGGCCAACAAGUCGCCGGCCUCCAAGGUUCAACCGUUGGACAUCGACGGCGAGGAGGACGAGAUCUCACAGGAUAUGCCGGCAGUGAAGAAGCGAAAUGUUGGCAAGAUGGUACCUUUCAAGAUGACACCUCUGAAGGGGUCACGGGAUGCCUCAGAAGGAAUUUCGGACAGCGAUCUCCAUAAAAUCGACGAACUCGCCUCCGAAGCUGGCUCUGCCAAGAAGCGCCAGGUUUUCGACGUUGACCCUAUUUCGGACGACGAGAAGCCGUCGCCGACGACGUCCCAAAGCCGGCUGGCCAAGGCCGACAUGUCCCGUGUUGAGUUCAAAAAGCAGAAGCCUGACGCGGUAAUUUUUAAGCUGAAGCGAGCUGUCUCUGGCAAACAUAUACUCGUCGUCGAUGACUUACCUCAUGAAGAACAGCCACACCUCCAGGUUCUAGAUGACAAGAAACAUCUUCUCGCAUGUGGACGUGACGGUAAACGAACUGACCUCUUCCAUUGGAUCGAGGUGAAAGUGAACUUCUGUCAAAGGAUUGCCUACGCAACAACUGCGACCCCACUAGCAAGUAUUUCAAGAUCUUCAAGUGGGGAAGCUGCAGGCCUUCUGGUGUUGGAAUUUGCCGCGAACAACGAUGCACUUCGGUUUGGAAACUGGGUUGAGGGGGUAGCCGGGGGGUUGCGCAAUCUCAAAGUACUGUGUGAACCAGCAGAUAGCCACCAACUUCAGAAAGUCUUUGACAAACAAUGGAAAAACGCCGUCGAAUACAAGCCAGCUUCUUGGACAUCAAAGCCAGACGACAUCAGAUAUCUUGAGUCGAAGAAAGCAAGCAAGGACGGCGACAUUCACAACUCUACGCCGCGAACCAGCUCUCGUCCAAACUCCGCUCAUCAAGAUGUGUCAUAUCAAUCCGGCAAACCGCUCAGAAGUAGUAUGAACACGGGCGAUCCUGCGUCUACACCCAGCAAAACCCCAAGAACGUCUUCUUUCUUUACACUUGCUGGUGAGAAAGAUGCCAAUGCCGAGCCCCGACGGACUCGAGACUUGCCGCAAAGACAGACUAGAGAAGCGGCUGCCCGACGUACAACUGAGCCAAAGCCAAGCAUUUUGGCACCACGGUCGCCUAGUCCAGUGCUGUGGACGGAGGAAAAUAAAGAAUGGAAAAAGAUUUGGGACGACGACAAGCCACUCCUUUACCCAGAAUUCGGAAAACACAAAGCGACUGUCAUCAGAGAUGAUAUUCUCAGACUUGACGAGGGCCAAUUCAUGAACGACAAUCUCAUCUGGUUCUACAUGAAGUAUCUCCAGGUCAAACUCGAAAAGGAGAAUAAGCAGACCCACGACAGGAUAUAUUUCAUGAACACCUACUUCUACCCGAAGCUCACAGAAAAGUCGGGCCGAGGGAUCAACUAUGAAGGCGUCAGAUCAUGGACGACGAAAGUCGAUCUUUUCUCUUACGAUUAUAUCGUCGUUCCCGUCAAUGAACAAGCGCAUUGGUACCUCGCCAUCAUUUGUCACCCGUCCAAACUUAUCAAAGCCCAAGAGGUACAGGAGGUUGAUAAAGAACCGCCCCAGGUUGCACAGAAAGAGGCUUUAGUCUCUGCGGUCGGAGAACAGGUGGAACAUAUUAGUUUAGACGAUCCUGCGACUGAAAAUAAGAACACGGUCGUGCUCGUUGAACCGAAAGCAUCGCCUGUCAAGUCGCAGUUGCCCCGGAAAAGUACAGGGGCUCUACCUCGCAAGAAGGACCCCUCUGAGGCCAGAGUCAUCACUCUGGAUUCGCUCGGUGUUGGACACUCAGCGACUUGCGGAAACCUGAAAGAGUAUCUUGUCCGUGAAGCCAAAGACAAGAAAAACCUGGAAAUCGAGGCUCCGGGCCAAUUUGGCAUGACUGCGAAGAAUAUCCCCGAGCAACUCGAUCAUGCAAGCUGCGGUGCUUUUCUGCUGGGCUACUUGCGAGAAUUCUUGAAGGCUCCGGAUGACACCGUUGGUCGCAUUGUGCGCAAGGAGGAAAUGAAUUGGGAUAUCACGUCUAUCGCAAUGCGAAGCGAGUUGCGCAGCAUUAUUAUCGAGCAACGAGAAGAACAAAACCGACGUUUCGCUUUGCUUGCUGCGGAAAAGAAGGCCAAGCGCAAAACACCAAAGGCACCCAUUUCAAGCAAGUCAUCGGAGGAGCCAAGUGGCGUGCCCUCGACACCAAGGACUCCCGUUUCAGCUGGAGACGCGCCCAAGAAGCCGUCUUCUACUAUCAAAGGGUCCCCUGCGAUCCCUUCAAUCCCUUCAAUGGAUGGCAGCAGCUCUCCCGUCAAGAGGGAAACCAAUGGCGAAGCACCACCUGUGCACGAUACUGUACCUCAAGAGCCAUCUGGGUCUGAAGUCGGCAUAGCCAAGACCCCGGAAGAGCUGCAGCCUGUCGCGUCGAAAAUUUCUGAACGGCCGAAAACGCCGCCCAGGUCUGAGCCGCCCGCAAAGGUCAAUUCUUCCCCACCUCAGCAGAGAACCAGCCCUCGCUUCAAUAAAGGCAAAACGAAUGGUCAAGUUGACAAGAUGCAAACCGCCGACGAGGCUCCUGCUGCUUCGCCUUCGGCAACCUCGAAGGCGGGGUCAGCUGAAAAACGACUGAGGAAACCAGGCUUUAGUCCGGCAGAGGAGAUCAUGAACCAGAUAUCAUCACCGUCCAAGACUCAUCCCAUGCCUAUCCGCACUGAGCGGCGUGCUUCUAGGCCAACCGAAAAAAGUCCGACCCCAACCCAGCAGCUUCUAAGUGAAUCGCAGGAUUCGCCGUCCAAAAAAACACCAGUACAGAAUCUCACCCACACGGCCGAACGCCCAAGCACGCACAAAGACCGAUCAACGCCGAAACAGAAGGAUCUCCAGACCCUCAUGCAGGCGCCCACACUAACGAGCCCCUAUUUCGCGCCUCCUGUCAAGUCGCCGCCUUCAGCGACUAAGCCUAGACAACUGAGUAUCGAGGAAAUACCUCAACCCAUUUCGACUCAACCCAUACCUAGCAUUGAGGAUGAGGGGCUUUACCACAAGUCACCCGGCAACAAUGGUUUCAAGUCCAGCCAGACUGUGACUGUAGACCUCACCGACUAG